GGCAGCCACCUGAUUCACCAGCCUUUUCGCGCGAUUGUGCACGAGCCAUGGGUGCCUCGGGGAAACUGGCAGAUCUGAAUGUCAGCUUCCUACAGCAAGAGCUGGCCAAUGCCAAGCGCCGCCAGGAGCAGACACAAGAGAGGCGGCAAGAGGCCAUUUCUCAGUUCCAGCAGCACGAGGACACGUUCGAAACAGAACAGCGGCAGUGGACUGCCGCACAGAUACAGCGCAAGGCCGAAAAUGAUGCGGCCAUAAUUUUGCAAAAUUGGUGGCUGAGAGUGGGGAUGCGUAGGACAACUCUCAUUCCUUUCUUGGAAGUUCUGGAGCAGCAUCGGCUCAUGAAGGCUCGGCAAAGCCUUGCAUAUUCAUUGCUCGACCUGCAGCACAUGGUGCACGAUCUUCACAUUGAGGAUUCUGAUCGGGUAUUGUCUUGUUUGCAAAUUCAGCGCUGGUGGCGUCGUGUUCUGGCGCUCCGAGUGGGGAAGAUCAUUCACAUUCAUCACAAAGUGCGGAAGGUCAAGCGACACGUGGAGGAAGCCGCGGCCAAGGUUCAAUCCUUAUUCAGGGGGAUCCAGGCGCGGCGGCGCGCCCAAGCCCUGCGAGAAUCCAAGCAAGCAGCUGAAGCAGAGGCAGAAGUUCGGAUGGAGCAAAUGAAGAUGCAAGCGAUUCUUAGCAUUCAGAACAGCUACAGGAAGAGCGUGGCAGUAAAGCAAGUGCAGAACCUCAGGGCGCGCAUGUUCGCCGCGAUGAUGGCGCAAGGGCCUGAUGAUCAUCGGAACAAGUCCAACUUGUCCAAUUCUGCCCGGCCGCUGUGGUUCAAAGGCAAGGCCAAAGCAGAGCCUAAAGGCAAAAAGCGCUGAGCUCUUUUGGCGUUUCGAAAGGAGCUGCCUGAAACCGAUUGGCGCUCCAAGUUCCUUUGCUUGUGGCCAGCAGCUUUGUUUCACCGUGUCACCCGUAGAUUUGCUAGCAUCAAUAAAGGCUGCUGGCGAA